AUGUCGUUGGCAGAGUUUGACGAGCUACGGUGGGACCAUUCGUGCGACAGGCUUGAUGUCCCCUCCAACUACUUGAAGCGCAAGGCCAGGAAGACUCCAGGCGGGCUCGAAGAGCUCCGCAAGUCCAUGACCUCAGCCACGAUAUACGUCGGUAACCUUUCAUUCUAUACCUCAGAGGAGCAGCUCUACGAGCUUUUCAGCAAGUGCGGGUCCAUUGAGAAAAUCAUCAUGGGCCUCGAUCGUUUUAAAUUCACGCCAUGCGGCUUCUGCUUUAUCAUAUACCAGACUCCCCAGGAGGCGCUUGCGGCGCUGAAGUACCUAUCCAAGACCAAGCUAGAUGACCGAGAGAUCACGAUCGACUUAGACCCAGGCUUUGAAGAGGGCCGCCAGUUUGGCCGCGGAAAGAACGGUGGCCAGGUCAGUGACGAGUUGCGGUUCGAGUUCGAUGCCUCACGCGGUGGCUUUUAUGUGCCUUUGGAGAACCGCAUCGGUGCAGUUAACCACUUCGGCGCGCGGCGGAUCCGCGACCCGCACAAGAACCACCACCACCACCACCAUGGUCACCACCACCACCACGGACAGCCCCAUGCUGCGGCGGCCAAGGUAAACCCCAUGGAAGUCGAAGAGGAACUCGAUAGCUACAUCCCCGGGCAAUAG